AUGAGGGGGAUCGGGAUAUGGGGCCUGCUGUCGUUCGUGGGAAGCUGCGUCGUUCUGGCCGAUCCCGAGGCCGAUCCUUCGGAAGAGCUGUUCAGUCGGCUGCAGCUGCCAAAAAAUCGCAAUGAGGACAAGUGUUAUGAUGAGAACGGCAAGCCGCAGAGAUGUAUACCGCCGUUUGAAAAUGCAGCUUUCAACGUGCUAAUAGAGGCGACAAACACAUGCGGCGAGGAUCGUCCAAUCGAAUUCUGUAAGCAGACAGGCGUGCAAAAGAAGUCAUGCGAAAUUUGCCGACGCGGCGACCACUCGGCCUCCUUCCUUACUGAUCACGACAAUAAUGAUAAUGCUACCUGGUGGCAAUCGGACACUAUGUACGAAGAAUAUCCCAACCAGGUCAAUCUCACCCUCCCUCUAGGAAAGACAUUUGAUAUAACAUACGUCAGAGUACUAUUCGAGUCACCCCGGCCGGAAAGCUGGGGUAUCUACAAGCGGAAAAAUGAGAAGUCGCCGUGGGAGGCUUAUCAAUUUUAUUCAGCGACGUGCCGGGACACAUACGACCUGCCUGAAUCUAAAGAGACUAUUCGCGGUGACGACACCCGCGUACUAUGCACCUCGGAAUUCUCUGACAUCUCUCCACUCACUAAAGGCACUGUCGCCUUUUCAACUUUGGAGGGCCGACCUUCCGCCUAUUAUUUUGAAACCAACACCGAACUUCAGGAAUGGGUGCAAGCAUCAGAUUUGAAAAUUACUCUAGACAGAUUGAAUACGUUCGGCGAUGAGGUUUUCGGCGACGCGCAAGUGCUGAAAUCUUAUUAUUAUGCGAUAGCUGAUAUAGCAGUCGGUGCGAGAUGCGCUUGCAAUGGCCACGCCGGAGAAUGCGUGAACAGCACCAGUGUCGACGGCAAAACUCGCAGAGUCUGCCGAUGUGAGCACAACACCGCUGGUCCAGACUGCAAUGAGUGCUUGCCUUUUUACAAUAACGCUCCUUGGGGCCGUGCCACAACUACCGAUGCGCACGAAUGUAAACCUUGCAACUGCAAUGGAUACUCGGACAGAUGUUAUUUCGACAAGGAAUUAUAUAAGCUAACGGGUCAUGGAGGUCAUUGCUUAGAUUGUCGAGCAAAUCGCGAUGGUGCCAAUUGCGAGCGGUGUCGUGAAAACUAUUAUCAACGGUCCGAGGAUAAUUAUUGCGUUGCGUGCAACUGUAAUGAAAUUGGUUCGAGAAGCUUGCAGUGUAAUAGCGAGGGUAAAUGCCAAUGUAAACCUGGUGUAACAGGAGAUAAAUGCAAUCGUUGUGCGGCCAACUUCUAUAAUUUCGGUUCACAGGGCUGUACUUCAUGCGAGUGUAGCUUAGCAGGAUCGGCAAACAAUGUUCCCAACUGUGAUACUAUCACAGGAGUUUGCGUCUGUAAGGAAAACGUCGAGGGAAAACGUUGCAGAGAGUGUCGUCCAGGAUUCUUCAAUCUGGCAGUAGAUAACGAAUUUGGUUGCACUCCCUGUUUCUGUUACGGCCAUUCCUCAGUCUGUCGACCGGCAACCGGUUACUCGAAAUUGUUCAUUGAGAGUAUGUUUGUGCGAGGAAACGAACGUUGGUCCGCGUCUGUAGCCGGUAAUCCGAUUCCAUUGCAUUACGAUGCACUGACGCAGACGAUCUCAGCUACUGCACUCGACCGUGACAAUGUGUACUUUCUCGCGCCCGAUAAAUUUCUGGGAGACCAGCGAGCGUCAUAUAAUCAACACAUAUCGUUCAUACUGAGGAUAGGGGAAGCUGGACCGGCUCCUACAGCGCGUGAUGUAAUUUUAGAAGGUGGUAACGGUGAGCAGAUCACACAGCCGAUCUUUGGUCAGAACAACCGUUUACCGACUGUUACGUCUCAAGAAUACAAGUUUAAAUUGCAUGAGCACGUCAAUUACGGCUGGCAACCACGAUUAUCUUCUCGUGCCUUCAUGUCAAUUCUGUCAAACUUGACCGCCAUAAAAAUUCGUGGGACUUAUACUCAUCAAGGCCGAGGAUUUUUGGAUGAUGUGAAAUUAGAGACCGCUCAUCGCGGCGCAGCCGGCGAGUCGGCCGAUUGGGUGGAACACUGCCAGUGUCCUCACGGCUAUGUCGGUCAGUUUUGCGAGUCGUGCGCGCCCGGAUUCCAUCACGAUCCUCCCAAUGGCGGUCCCUUUGCUCUUUGUGUUCCUUGCAACUGUAAUGGGCACGCUGAUAUUUGCGAGGCGGAGACUGGGCAAUGUAUCUGUCAGCAUAAUACUGCAGGAAGCAAUUGCGAGUUAUGUAGUAGGGGAUACUAUGGUUAUCCAUUGAAAGGAACUCCGGACGAUUGCAAACCGUGUCCUUGUCCCGAUAACGGACCUUGCAUUCUUCUGGGCAACAAUCCAGAUCCCAUCUGCUCCGAAUGUCCUAUUGGCAGGACUGGACCUAGAUGUGAAACGUGUUCCGACGGUUACUAUGGAAAUCCUGAAAAAGGUCUCGCUUGCCGUCUUUGCGAUUGCAACAACAAUAUCGAUUUAAAUGCAGUUAGAAAUUGUAAUCACGAAACAGGAGAAUGUCUCAAAUGUGUUAAUAAUACAGCGGGCUUUCAUUGUGAGGAAUGUCUAGCCGGAUAUUAUGGAGACGCGCUAUCAGAUCGCAAAGAAGACGGAUGUAAGUUAUGUCAGUGUUAUCCACCGGGUACUUUGGAACUUGAUGAUGGAAGAGUUGCACCUUGCGAUCAAUUAACAGGAUAUUGUGCCUGCAAGCCGCACGUCAUAGGUCGCAAUUGUAACAAGUGCGAGGAAGGCUAUUAUCAUAUUGCGAGUGGGGAGGGUUGCAUACCUUGUAAUUGCGAUCUUGAAGGUUCUUACAAUCGCACUUGUGACCCGAUAACAGGACAAUGUCAGUGUCGACUUGGAGUAACGGGUCAACGUUGCGAUGCCUGUGAGCCUUAUCAAUAUGGAUUCAGUCGCGAGGGCUGCAAGCCUUGCGAUUGCGACAGUAUUGGAUCACAAGAUUUGCAAUGUGAUGCAAACGGACAAUGUCCUUGUUUGACGAACGUUGAAGGCAGGCGAUGUGAUCGUUGCAAGGAGAACAAGCAUAACCGUCAACAUGGCUGUGUUGAUUGCCCCGACUGUUACAAUCUUGUACAGUCAGCAGUAAAUGAUCACCGACGACGUUUGGCUGAGCUCGAAGACACUCUUUAUAAGAUCAACAGCAGUCCCACUGUCAUCAAGGACUCGGAUUUCGAGAAAGAGCUCAAGAACGUUCAAGAUAGAGUAAAAACGUUAUUGACUACCGCCAAGCAAGGAUCUGGCAGUGAGAAUAAAACAUUGGUAGAACAGCUAGAUGAGCUGCGUGAGCAAUUAAAUAAGAUUGACAAAAUCUAUCAAACCGUGGACGUCACAGCAAAUGAUGCACGUGAUAUAACUGAGGAAGGUUUAAUCAGUAUUGAUGAGGCAGAAAAAGUCUUGGAUAAAAUUUAUGAGCAGUUAACGGAGGCAGAAGACUACUUGGGUACAGAUGGAGCAAGUGCUUUAAGUUCAGCGAAAUUGCGUGCUGAACAAGUCGGCCAACAAAAUCAACAAAUGACAUCGAUCGCACAAGAAGCGCGUGUACUUGCUGAAAUAAAUACGAACGAAGGCAAGAAGCUUCACAUGUUAGCAGAGCAGGCGCGAAAUACGACAAUGGAGGCUUACAAUCUCGCAAAGCAAACAAUAUCGAAAUAUUCCAAUAUAACGGAUGAACUAAGGAAUCUGGAGAACAAACUAGCGCAAUUGGAUGAUCGUAUGGAUGAAGUGAAGAAUCUCACUGCUAUAGCAGCUACUAAAUCUUCAACUGUUUCUCAAGAAGCGUUAGAUUUGCUGAUUCUCGAUUUAACGCUUCCUGCGGUCGAUAUCGAGCAAUUGCGACAGCAAAUAGAAAGCGUUAGCAGUGAGAGCUUGCAGAUAAAAGAGCAGGCACAACUUUUAUUGGAGCAAAACGAGAAUUUUAUCAAAGAAAUGACUGAAAAAAUUAAAAAGAGCGAAGAACUUUUAGAAAGAGCUCAAGAUCAACAAGCUGCAACUGCCGAACUGUUAGCUGAAUUAGAUGAAGCUAACGAGACGGCAAAUGACGCUGUUAAACGUGGCGAUCAGACACUGAAAGAAGCUCAGGAAACUUUAAAGAAAUUAGGAGAAUUUGAUGCUGAGGUGCAACGUGAACGUGUUAAGGCUCAGAGUGCUUUGAAGGACAUCCAGAAAAUUGAAGAAUUGAUCAACAAUGCUAAUAUGCAAGCAAUAGAAACAGAGAGAGUGCUAAAUGGAUCGGAGGGUAACGCUAAAAGUGCACGCGAAAUUGCGCAAAACGCUCAGACUUAUGCGGAUAGAGCAAGUACUAAUGCGAACGAAAUCAGAGUGGAAGCGAAUAAAACUAAAAUAGAAGCUUUACGUCUCGGAAACGAAGCUGAGAAGUUGCACCUCCGAGUUGAUACUACGGAUUCGAUGAUCAGACAGUAUGAAAUUCAGAUGGCUAAGGACGCUAAUAUUACCGCCGAGGCAAACUAUAAAGUUGGCCAAGCGAAGACCAACGUGACUCUGGCAUCGCAACAAGUUGAUAAAGCUUUAUCCGAAGUUGCCGCAAUUAUCAGGGAGCUCGAGAAUCUACCAGAAAUCGAUGAUGCCGAUUUGAAUCGCUUAGAAGAACGUCUGGUUGCUGCUGAGAAAGAAAUAAAAGCCGCAAACCUGGAUCAGCGGAUCCGUGCAUUGACGGAUGCGAAGAAUCUACAAACGCAAUGGGUUAAAAAUUACGAAGAUGAAAUCAGCAGACUGCGAAUCGAAGUGGAGAAUAUCGAUGAUAUUCGAAAGGCUUUACCAACUGAUUGUUAUCAGCGUGUCCGUCUUGAGCCUUAAAAUUUAUUCCCUUACGUCUUAUUCAUUUUUGUGUCAUUUUUUUAGA